CCCUGGAUAUGGGCGAACGGACGAGGAAGAGGCGAAGGGAAAGAGGAAGCGCCCGGAGAGUUUCCUCUGCGUGUGGACACUGCCUGCCCCAGGAGGGAGCGCGCCCUUCCUCCCUUCCUUCCUUCUCCCUCAGGAGCCAGACCCGCCUGAGGCCCCGUCAAGACCGCGGAGGACGAGGUGGCGCCAGGGGGCUGGCAGAGAGGCGCAGGAGCUGCUGCUGCUGCUGCCGCCGCCGCCACCACUCCCACCCCGCUCCGCUCCUUCGCCUCUCUCGUUCCGCCUCCCCACCCCCUCACCCCAACGCCGCGGCCCAGGAGGAGGAGGAGGAGCAGGGACCCGAAGGCAGAGCCCGUCAGGCGGGCAAGGAGGGCGCGACUCUCGCCGCCACAGCCCCACCAUGGCCACCAAGGCUCGGGUUAUAUAUGAUUUUGCUGCUGAACCUGGAAACAAUGAACUGACAGUUAAUGAAGGAGAAAUCAUUACAAUUACCAAUCCGGAUGUAGGUGGAGGCUGGCUGGAAGGCAAAAACAGCCACGGAGAGCGAGGACUGGUUCCAACAGACUAUGUUGAAAUGUUACAUGAAAGUGCCAAAGAUGGAACUUCAGUAGCUGACCAAGCGUUCUUUGACCAUCUUUCAUCAAACACUGCACAGAGUAAUUCACAAGCUGCAAAAAAUAAUAGUCAAGUGGAUUUUUUGGCAUCUGCCAAUCAUACAGCUAUGUUGGAUUUUUUCCCUCACUCUCCACCUUCAACUCCUUCUACAAGAAAGGUCACUAGCAAUGCAAAUGAUCCCUGGUCAAGCUGGGACAAUACAACUGUUGCUGAUCCCUGGGCAUCAAAGCCUGAAACAAGGCCGAAAAACAGCGCUUCCAACAACUGGGAUGCAGCAGCAUUCGGCCAUCCACAGGCUUACCAAGGUCCAGCAGCUGCUGAUGACGAUGAUUGGGAUGAUGACUGGGAUGACCCCAAGUCAGCGGCUACAUCUUAUCCUGGCUAUAAAGAGACAGAGGCUUCUGAUCCAGCAGGGCUCCAGCGUGGGAAUAGCCGAGGAGCUGCUAUGAAAUUGCCACUUAACAAAUUUCCUGGAUUUGCAAAACCCGGAGUGGAACAGUAUCUGUUGGCAAAGCAACUAGCAAAACCCAAAGAGAAAAUUCCUAUAAUUAUUGGAGAUUAUGGUCCAAUGUGGGUUUAUCCUACUUCUACGUUUGACUGUGUUGUGGCUGAUCCAAAAAAGGGUUCUAAAAUGUAUGGUCUGAAGAGCUACAUUGAAUAUCAGCUUACAUGUACAAACACUAACCGGUCUGUCAAUCACAGAUAUAAACACUUUGACUGGUUAUACGAACGUCUUUUGAUUAAGUUUGGAUCAGCCAUUCCAAUUCCAUCUCUUCCAGACAAACAAGUUACAGGGCGUUUUGAGGAGGAGUUCAUCAAAAUGCGGAUGGAGAGGCUACAAGCUUGGAUGACCCGGAUGUGUCGUCAUCCAGUUAUUUCAGAAAGUGAAGUUUUUCAGCAGUUCCUUAGCUUUCGUGAUGAAAAGGAAUGGAAAACAGGCAAAAGGAAGGCAGAAAAAGAUGAGAUUGUGGGUGUUAUGGUCUUUUCUACUAUGGAACCAGAAGCUCCUGAUUUGGAUAUGAUAGAAAUCGAACAGAAAUGUGAUGCAGUUGGCAGGUUCACCAAAGCCAUGGAUGAUGGUGUUAAGGAAUUGUUGACAGUGGGCCAUGAACACUGGAAACGUUGUACAGGACCAUUACCCAAGGAAUAUCAGAAAAUAGGAAAAGCUUUACAAGGUUUAGCAUUGGUUUUCAGUACCAGUGGUUAUCAAGGAGAGUCUGACCUUAAUGAAGCAAUAACAGAAGCAGGAAAAACAUAUGAAGAAAUUGCUAGUCUUGUGGCAGAACAGCCAAAGAAGGAUCUCCAUUAUCUGAUGGAAACCAAUCAUGAAUAUAAAGGAUUUCUUGGUUGCUUCCCAGAUAUUAUAGGUGCUCAUAAGGGAGCAAUAGAAAAAGUGAAGGAAGGUGAUAAACUCAUUGCUACCAGCAAAAUUACGCCACAGGAGAAGCAAAACAUGUUGAAGCGUGCAAGCACCAUGUCAUAUGCACUACAAGCGGAGAUGAAUCACUUUCACAGUAAUCGAAUUUAUGAUUACAAUAGUGUGAUGCGCUUGUACCUGGAAGAGCAGGCACAGUUCUAUGAAACGAUUGCACAAAAGCUGAGGCAGGCUCUCAGUCGCUUUCCAGUGAUGUAGAUGCGGACAGAUAACGAUGAACAAAUCCAAAGUGCUUUUCUGAUCUUCGGUGGGGGCAGUGCAAAUGCAAGAAGUGUUAGCCUUUGCCAUUCAAAAGCCUUUCUUUUCCCAAAAAUAAGAUGCAAAAAAGUGAAAACUUCAGAUGUUUACUUUGUCAGCCUAAAUGCCUUCGAUAUUUAUGUGUAUUUUCAUCUUGAAUGCUUUCCUUUCCUUUCUGAUUAAGCAAGACUGAAAAGGCUCUCUAUGAUCAGUUUUCAGUUGCCACAUGGUUUGUUACCAGGCACAGUAGAAAAAACAUUGUCCUGGUUCUUCAAAAGUAUUUCGUGUCAUCUGAACAGAUAUUCUUUAAUCAGAAAGGAUUGGUAGAUGUACAGAUUUUCUGCUAAAAAUAUUUUAUUUAUCCCAGUUCUUUAAAUCUUAUGCAGCAUCCAAGUAAAUUAUUUUAAGUUUUUGCCGUAAAGUUUGCACUGUUGAGCAAAGGUUAACCCCUUCCUUACUGCAGGCAUUAGACAGAAUUUUUAUAAAAUGGAUUUUUGCCCUGCUAGAAUCUUUUAAGUAUCCUGUUCUUGUACAAGAGAUGCCUGAGAACUUGAAAGUUAGAAUACUUCCUUUCUUGUCUCUAUGGGGGGAAAGGGGGGGUGAAUCUAAAGACAGCCAUUCCAAACAUCUGGAAAAUUCUUCCAUCUAGUAGUUUAGUCAUGCACCUUUUGCUACUUCCCAGUAAUAUCCAGUGCUAUUAGUAUUAGGGACAUUCACCACUAUCCUCACCAUGUGUGCAGGUUCUUUAGUUAUUUAUGUCCAUUAACUACUAAUGGGACAAAAAUUCCCCUGAGAUCUCUCCUAUGCUUUAAAUAACCAUAAAGUGAUAGAGCUAACUUUUAAAUCACUUAAUUCUGUAAUGGUGAUAAAGGUUACUGUUUUCCAAACCUGAACUGUUGGAAAAGCUUGGUUUAAGUGCCAGGUGUUAGACAAAUCUCAUAUGCUGACAGUGGGUUAAAGGCUUGAACUACAGGAAUGAUGGCUGAACUGAAGGUUGCCACAAACAGACCAUAGUGCCAAACGCAACUUUCACUAGAAAUAACAUUUAGUCUAGAAGUGAACACCUUCUUUUUCUAUCCAUUAUGAAUGAUGGGUACAUACUCUAUAAACAUAUUUGCCAUUUCACGUGUACGUAUUUCAUAUCAUUUAGAAUAAUAAGGAAUCUGGGUCAGUCAAGAUAAUAUGACAUCCCACAACAAAAUAAAAUCCCAGAAUGCUAGCCUGGCUCAAAAUGCUCUUUAUUGUAAUGUUUUCGUUAUAUUUUUCUACACACGUUGUUUUCCUCUUUGCUUGCCUUUCAAAAUUCCAUAAAGUGUUAUGAUACAGCCAUGAAAUAUGUGUACAAAUUGUAAAGAAUGUGUAUAAAUGUUUUACACCAAAUGUAAUAAAAAUCUAUCUUGCAUGUGGAAGCAAUGUAUGAAGUUACAGCAAAAUGUAUAGUAAAUUUUAAGGCACUUUUUUCCACAGCAUCACUUUUUUCAGCAUUUGUAUAUUCACUUUUUGUGUCAAAAUCUUUGUAACUGUUUCUCUGGGAGUUUCUUUUUACCAAACUUUGAAUUAAUGCUAAUGACUUAGAAGUUGCAGAUUUAGCAUAAUUAAUAGACAAGCUGGGAAUAGAACAACAGAAGAGAGGUAGCUGCAGUGUGGGGAAACCCAUGUGCAUAGCAAGACAACAUGGAACAGACAAAUAUAUAACUUUGUAGCAAAUGAAGUCUUUAAAUUGAUAAUAAAUAUUUAUACAUAUAUAAAGUGGAUA